AUGGAUAAUCAUGCUAAGGAGGAGAGCAUUACACGAGGUCAUGAUCUGUAUAUAAGACAUAUUUCACUUUUGGGUAAAGCUGUACCCUUAGCUUUAAAGGCUGUGAUUAGAAAGAUAGAAGCAAAACACGGAAAGACAUUUGAUUCUAUUCUAACAGAAAAGAAAGAUACUAUCAAAACGUUUCACUAUGACUUGUUUCAAGCAUUGUUUAAGGAAGAUGAAGAAAGUGUUAAUACGCAAAUAGAAUCAUGGGGGUUAUCAACUAUGUGCGGUGUGAUUUUCGUUUUAUCAGAAAGUUCAAAAUUUAACUGCGUCAGAUGCAUUUUUGACCAACUAAGAAAUGUUGAAAAGUAUACUCAUUCCGCGUCACUGGAAUACAAUACAUAUAAGCAGCAGAAAUGGGAGUCACUACGCGAAUCUUUGAUUGAACUUGUCAAAGGAAGUGAAGCCGAAAAUGAAUGUAAACGAUUGAUUCAUUCUUACGAUGAAUCGGAAGCAAUCAAAGUUAGUGAAGGGGUCAUUAAAGAACUGCAACAAGCGGAGAAUGUUGAUAGGAGUAUUCGUGUCGCCAUAAACAGCGAAUUAGAUUCAGAUGGACAGAGUGAAACGGAAGAUGAUCUGUUGAGUAGGAACAAAGGAUGCAAGGUAGAAUCCAAUAAUACAGCAGAAACAACAGAGUUUAUUCAGCAACUUUCCGACAUUGUUGUGCAUGAAGAUGAAUCAGUUGUUCUUUCUUGUGAGCUUAACACAAAUGGAUGUCAAGCUGGGUGGCGUAAAAAUGAUAAACCACUCCUUGAAACGGAAACUAUCAGGGUUUAUGCAGAUAAAGGUUAUCACUGGUUGAUGUUUGCAAGAGCAAAACUUGAAGAUACUGGAAAAUACUCAUGUAUCUACAAAACAUUGUCAACGUCAGCUUACGUUAAAGUCUCAAAAUACGAUUUAAUUGUGGUCGAAGCUCUACAUAUAAAUGUUGACGGACAGGUUAAAGAAAAUAUGGAUAUAUCUCUUGUAUGCACUGUUAACGCACAUACUAAGAACCCAAAAUGGUUCCAUAACAACAAGGAAAUAACACAAACGUCUCGAGUAGUUGCCGUUUCACAUGGUCUGGAGCAUAAACUUAUCAUUCGGAAUGUGAAGUUUGAAGAUGAAGGAUUGUACGUAAUAGCAUUUGAUAGAGUUACAUCAUGUACAGGAAUAACAGUAAAGGGCGAAGCUGACCUGUCAGUAAAACUUCAACUAUCAGAAAGACUUUACACCAACUGGGUAAGAGGUGUUCUUGGUCUUAAGUACCUUAAGCUUGGGUUAGAAGGUGUAGCAGAGAAAGAAGUGAAACGUCGCCAUAUUGAAAUGUUGAAGACUCUACCUAAUUCAAAACAACCAUGUACACAAUGUAGUACAGACAGUCUUUAUCCCUUGCACGAUAAGAAACAAUGUUACAGAAAACAAAACAAGAAUAAGUGUCUAUGUUCAGAUUACCGAUAUAAUAGGCAGCCGUGUCCUAAUAAGGGAUACUGCAGUCUGUUUUAUGACCAAAUAGUGUCCGAUCAUCGGUUCGAGCAUCCUGAAUUGGAGAACACGCAACUUGAUCGAUGGAGCUCCGACCACUGGAGUGUGGCAACUUGCUAUAUAAAUACCAAAGGUUACAAAGGAAAGAGGUCUUCUAAAGAAAUUGACUGCGCAGGACUGCUGAGUUUGUUCGUAAACAACAAGAGAUAUCUAACAGAUGUCAAUUAUGGUGUUUUUGAUUUGGCGAAAACCACUCGCAAUGAGAUACUUCACAAUGCGAAUUAUGAACUGUCAGACGACCAACUUCAUGAAUAUUUCGAUAAUUUCAAAGAUGUACUGGAAGUCAAGAACAAUGCUAAUAAGAUGGUGUUUGAAAAGGAUGAUAGCGUAAAAGAAGCAUUGAAAAGUAUUGACAAGUUAAAACAGCAUCAAAUUAAUAUUGUUACGUCAGAAGAAAUCCAAAACUUGAACGACCAUGCAAUGAAGGAAGCUGCUGAUGCGUUUAAAGAAGCUCAUAAACAAAGAGACCAAGAAGUUCAACACUUGAAUGAAAAAUUGAAAAAGGCGGAAGAGGAACUACAAGUGAUGCGACAGCUGAUAUCAGCCUUUCAGAGGGACAGCCCUUUGGAGGAAAAAAAAGGUGAUUAUUUCUACCGUGAUAAAUGUACAAUAUAA